UCCUUUUUUGUUCGACCAAUCAAUCAGAGCAUUGAAGCGUUUGCGAUCCUAGCAACGGACCGCCAUCUGCUGCGAGAGGAACGAUACUAGUAAUUGCUUUGACGUGAAUUAAUGCUGAAAUGCAGAAAACAUGGGAUGUGGGAAUUCCAAGACAACUGCCACCGAAUCCACCCCAUCUGUCAGGCCACCCCAACAAGUUGACACUCCUGUUGAGGAUAUCCGGGGUCAAAAUUUACAGGGAUCUGACCCUGCCAUAGCACCUGAGCCCAACAACCACAUAGGUAACACACACAAGUCAGAAUCUGCAGAUGAACCAAGCAGUGUGGGCAUUGAGCAAACUGCUGUGGAGAAAUUUUCCAAUUCAGAAGAUAACCAUUCUGAUAAAUUUCCCAGGGAUGAUGACAAGAACGAGAAUCCAAAUGAGCAGGUGGAGGGCAACAACUCAGGUGCACAAGCUGAAGGAGUCGGCAAUGUGAGGCCAACUAGUGCUAUAUCUGUGGACAGUGUUGCUGUGCGAGCUUUGAUCAAUCAUACAAUUAAUAAGGCAGCAGCUAAUGUUUGUGCUCUCCAAGGUAAGCCUGUCCACAGAGAUGUACGACCCUCCAGUGUAGCCUCCUCGGUGGACAGUGUGGCAGUCCGUGCCCUGGUGGAUGCAACCAUUACCAAGGCAGCAGCUGGACUGAAAGAAAACUCAGCAAAUUCAGCAUCUCUCACAGAAAACACCAAGGAUCAAACUGAAGUUGAGAAAGAAAAAAAUCAUGAGGAUGAAAUACAUUCUGCUCCUACAGAUGUGCAAGCGGAAGAUACUUCUAAUCCCACCAUUGUUGUUAGUACUGUUCCAACGUUAAAUUUUGAUGACUCUCUAGAAGAUCCUAAACCUCAACUUGAGAAUGAUCCCAGUGAGAUCACAGAAGACCAAGCACCGGAACCUAGCAAAGAUACAAUCAUUACUUCUUCUGAAGCAGUUGAUGAUAAAACAGAAUCACAGGUGCCGGAUGGACCAGAUUCUAAACAAGAGCAACAAGGUUCACUUGACACAUCUACUCAAAAUGAAAAUAUUAAUGGCAAUUCAAACACUGAAGCAGAAGACCAACUUAAUCUCCAGCCUGAGGAAGCACUAAUCACCAGUGACGAGACUGAUGGAGUUGAUCAUCCACUAGCUGAUCCAGGAGAUGCUGCUCCUGAAGCGGCUGAUGGUCAAAUUCAAGGGACUGUAGGUGUUUCCUCAGAUGCCCAAAAUACUGUUCCUGAACCCGUCUCAAAUACCUCGGAGAACACUGUCCCAAAGUCCAGCAAAGAGCUGGACCCAAAGGCUCAGGAGAGCUUCGAUCGUGCUAUCCGUGCGUUCUGCCCACUAGUGGAUCCUAAGCAUGUGCUGGAUUUAGUGGCUUCCGGUAUCAGGAGCUUGCAUCUGGACCAUGCUCCACUCCAAGCAGAUAGUUCUUUCACCCAACUUCUCACAAAGUUGACUGAUGUGGAGGAGUUAGAUUUGGACAAGAAUGAGAUGGGACCUCAAGCUUUCAGAGUGAUCAUGAUGGCACUGUCAGCCAAUACUUCCAUCAAGUCAGCUGUACUUUCCAACAACAAGACAGACACAGAUACAGCGGAGAGUGUAGGUGUGAUGCUUAUGACCAAUCAGACAUUAAAGAGCUUAGACCUCUCUAGUAAUCAGUUAGGGAAGGAUUACCUGUCAAGAUGCAUAGGUCCUUCCUUGAAGACCAAUACUUCUCUCACAAGUCUGAACAUAUCAAGUUGUGGAGGGACAGAUCUGAAUGCUCUCAUGGAAGGUCUUCUAGAAAACACAACCCUCAGUAGUCUUAAUAUCAGCCACAAUCAAUUAUCAGAUAGUACUUCAUUGGUCACUUCCCUUAGUGCAGUAUUGAAGAAUUCCUCAUGUGCAAUAAAGGAGCUGAAUGUUCGUAACUGUGGGAUCCAGGGUCCUGGCCUCCAGCUCCUGGGAGAGGGAGUCAAGGAGAACUCCUCCCUCAUUACACUCCAUGCAGGAGGCAAUGAUGUUUCUAAUGUGAAUGUGUUUGUUGAGUUCCUGGUGACUUGUCUUCAACAUGCUACCGUGGAGACCCUCAACCUGAAUGAUACCAGAAUCAGUGAAACGGGGAAUCAGAACCUUGACCUAGCACCCAUAAAUGAGAAAAGGAAAAGCUGCCUGAAGAAUUUGAAUCUAGCGAACUGUUCGAUUACCGAUGAAAUCAUGAAGGUACUAGCCAAUCAUCUCCCUGCAUGCCUGCCACACAUCACAGAGUUGAGUUUAUCAGGCAACUCUGAGAUGACGACAGCCUCGCUUCAGUCUGUUGCUCAGCUAACUGCACUGACAGAGGGUUCUGAUGCAGUAGUAUCAUCUGGUGUGACUCACCUGCACCUUGAUCAGCAGUCUCUGGAAGGCCUUCCUGAUCAUCUCCUCAACAACCCCUCCUUCCCCAGCCUCACCAUGCUCAGUCUAUGCAAGGCCAGGAUAUCACCCACAAGCCUGGGCAGGCUGUCUGAGCUCCUGCAGGGACCGGGUGGUCUCACGGAGCUCUGUCUGAGUGGACUCAAGCUGUCUGAGACACAAGCAUUGGCCCAACUCUUGGAACCAGCUGCCAAUCUGAGUCUGAAGAGUCUUUCCUUAGCUGGCUGUGCUCUCAAAGAUUCUGACCUUGAACCUCUGACCUCUGCCCUUGCUGCUGGAUGGUGCUUGACCUCACUAACCUUAGCCAACAACAGGUUGACAGGUUCAGGGAUCAAUCCCCUACUGAAGGCCAUGAUCAGUUCAGGAGAGCCACUUCUUGAAUCUUUUAAUCUCAACUCUAAUCAGCUAUCAGAUGACUGUCAAGAUGUGCUGACUAGUCUUCUUACCAAGGCCAAGAAGCUGCACACGAUGUCUUUCAAUAGAAACAGCCUGGGUUGUGAGACCUUAUCAGCAUUAAUUCAGUUAUUACACCUGGCUGAGAGUCUAAAGCUGCUUGACCUGAGAAACCAGGAGAGUCCUUUAGAUGAAGAGGACAUGGAGGAACUCAUGAAGAAGUUAGCAGGAGAACUGGGCUACACCUUACACGAGGACAAAUAUGGAGGUAUCGAAGCUGGACGUGGCUCCCUCCCAUCCAGAUCAUCUGACCUGUCCAUCUUGUUGACCGGUCUUGGGGUUGAUCUUGGUCCUGUUGGUAGGUCACUGGACAGUGCUAUGGUCAAGACUGACCACGGUGUGAAGCACCCUCUACCUCUGAGUCUACAGCAUGCCUUACAUCUAGGGGCUUGGAUGACUGCACAGGAUCCUACAAGUCAACCCGAACUAUCGGCGGCCUCCUGGGAAGCGAUCAUUGGCAUCAGGAAGGAUUCUACUGUCCCAUCAUGGCUUAAGGUGGAAAGCUUGCGAGGCUGUGCAGUGUACAUUAGUAAUCUAAGCAGCAACGUCUCGGCAAGUAAACUGGAAGGGGAUCUCGAUGCCGAAGCUGACUGCAAUGUCAAGGAGGUCUGCAUCAUGAAGGACCUGAUACAGAGGAAGCCCAAUGGGUAUGCAUGGGUUCUAAUGGCAGACCAGGAAUCAGUGAAAAGAGCCAUGGAUUUCUAUUAUUCAGGCCAGGCUCUGAUGUUUAGCCAGCCUUACAUCAUCUCUCCUGUCUCUCUCAAGCUACCAGACCUCACCACAGAUGAUACUACAGAGGAUCAAGUCAGCGAGGAGAUGGCACGAAGAGAGAGGGAACGUGUAGCGGAAGCGGCCAAGCAUCAGCAGCUAUUGGAGACGAGCUUCGCUGCCUCUCGAGCACGGCACGAAUAUGCCAAGGCUCACCCAGCCUACGCAGACGGCAGGAUAUUCUAAAAGGAACUGCUCGAAACCCGUCUACACCCAAGCACAAGUCGGCACCUAGUGAAUUAUGCAUGGAACACAGGGCAAGAGGAGUCUGCACUCUCAAGAAUCUAAUGAAUAUAUUUUUAAAACCAUGAAAAACGUGGUUUCCCCUGUCUUUUAUAUGUCUGUAUAAAAUAUAUGCCCACUCAGUAUUUGUAAAAACAACAUUGCUCACAAAUUAUCACAUUGUGUAACUGCAUCAUCGCUUAUGAAUUUAUUUGUAUAUAUUUAAGAUUUUAAUUGUAAAUUUUUGCCAAAUAUAUUUUAAAUGUAUAUUUCACAUUUCUACAAUUUGUACACAUGUAUAUUUUUUUCUCAAAUGCUGCACGCCUUACAUUGUAUUGACCUUCCAUUUAUUUUAGCCACUUUUGUAUAUUUGUUAUGAACUUAUUCCAAAAUCACAGUCCCGUGUACAUUUUUGAGAUACCAUAUAUGUAAAUACCACAAGUCGAAUGAAGACUACAGAAGAGCUCUUUUGUGUACUUUAGCAUUCAAAGUAAUGUAUUAGAAAUAUCAAAAAUAAAGCUGGAUGUAAAAUGUUAAGAACAUUUAUAAAAUAGGUUAAAGAAUGUAGCCAAUGAGAAGCGUCGAAAUGGAUCUCGCGUGCAUUAUUUUUUCCAUAAGCACGGGAGUCAAUUUCUCGACUUUACACACGUAUUGUAGACCCAUCUUAUAAAACAAAUAUUACAUUUUUUAGCUCAUGCAUUAGUGAUAUGCACUGCACUUUGUUAAGUCACAUUGAGACGGAUAAUGAACUCGACACGUCUCGUUCCUUAUCCGAUUGUGACUUAAUCUGCGUGCCAUGCAUAUUCUCUAAUACACUAGCAAAAUGUAUUAUUUGUAUUAACAGUAUUCUGUCCAUUGUAUGGUAUAAUAUUUUCCGUCAUUUUUUCUUUCCAGAGAUGAAAUGUCUAGGGAAGGUUACCUUCAAAGACGUACAUAAAUUUAAAUUUUUUUUUUUAAAAGAAUUAUAUAGGGAAAAGAAAAUCGUCCUUGAAUCCUUAUUAAUUGUUUACUUAUGUAUUCUUUAAAGUGAGGGUAGUUUCCUUCAGAGACACGAGGGCCUGCUCUGCAUUUAUAUAUUUAUUGACUAUGAUAUUAUGAAGUAUAUUAAAACACACUAAUGGAUUUCUUUUA